UUGCAGGGAUUUCAAUGCACAAAGGAUAUGCAUUCGUCCAGUUCACGAAUCAAAGCGAUGCGAGGAGUGCUUGUACUGGAGAAGAUGGGAAAAGCAUCAGCGGCCAAGUUCUCGAUGUUAACAUGGUAGCUGAGCCGAAACCGCACCAGGUUGGUCGGAAACGGCAGAACGUAACCAAAACCGGGAAUGACUGUUAUUGCGCCCCGGUGACCGUCGUCGCGUCAUCGACACCGUCGAAGCGUCCACGGUUGGUGACGAGCCCCAGUCCGCAGCGGACUCCGUCAAGCAGCAACGGAGACACUGUCACUCUGGACCAGCUUAAGACUUACAGUAGUCCGGACAUUCUCAUUUGUGGAAAUUGCAGAGAGAUGUUCUCAGACUUGGCAGGGAUGAUCGAUCACAAACGAAGUUACUGCAAACUCAGAUUCACGUGUCGAUGCGCGCAUCAGUCACCGUCAACAGCGAGAACUUCGGAGUCUGAAGACAUCGGAGAAAAUCAGUUCGUUUGCGGACGAUGCAAAGAAGACAUGAAGUCUGCUGCGGAUCUAAUGAUGCAUGCCCAAACGGUUCACGCCACCGGGAUUUGUCAACAAGACGCCAAAUUACACAUGAAUGGACCAGCGAGCUCGGGUUCGCAGCGAAGUCCGUCGACGUUUUCCCAGGCCUCAGAAACAUCAGAUGCCUUUAAUCACACCACCAAUCAUCCGGAAUUGAUGAUGAUCAGCAACGAUCCUUUGCCAAUGACCGAGGAUGAACUCACUAUACUUUCUGAAUCCUGCAUCGCGGAGCCAGUUUAGCUUUCAGGGAUAUCCAGACAAACACACGAUGAAUGAAUGGAUCGUUCGCAACGGAUCCCGAUCCACGAAGGAUCCGGCAUCACUUGUUUGUUUUUUUCGUUCACUUUCAAUUUACGAUUUGAACCAUUUUUUUUCGCGCGAAACUGUGACUGAAUCGUCAGUCAAUAUCGCGGGGGAGAUCAAGGUCAUCGACUUUUUUUUUAUGAACUUCAUUUCCGAAUCUUCCCGAAGUAAGAGUCGGGGAAAUUAGAAAAAUGGUGGGAGAGUUUCCGCUCAAAUCACCGCAUCGCAAGGUGCGAAAAUUUUGAAUUUUCCAGUUUUUUUUCUCUCUCUUUUCUUUUCCUGAACUUACCAUUUUGAAGAAGCGACAUCUGGGCAUUUAAGAGUUCAGCUCUGGCGCUGAUUCUCAGCCUCUGGUUGAAUGGGGACGACUGAGUCAAUAUCGCUUCCGCAGCCACACAUAUCCUCAAAACAGACGCGGGGGCUUCACAACAAUAUACACGCUGUCUUUUCGAUUCAUGUGAUUCGUUGUUAUUUCGAGCAACCAAAAAAAACAUGGAAAAUAAAAUGGAUUACGAUAUCAUCUGCAUGCUUUUUCACAAGUUGACACAAGAUUGCAGGCACGAUUUCAUUCCAAGGAACUUGGCAGCUGCGUUCAUUAACCAAUAUUUUCUUUUCUUUUUCGGAAUUUCGCGGCUUUGAGCUACUAAAAAAAUUAUCAACUUAUA